AUGAGCGCCAAAGAGAAGCGGAAGUUGGCCACCACCGACGAAAUGCAAAAGCAUAUCAACGGCCUUGUCGCGUCUGGCGCUAUCGUUCUUGAACGGGGAAAGCGACUCAAGAUUGGAGACGACGGUCUUCCACAAGUCACUGACCUCGCCCAGGACUCAGGUCUCACACAUUAUUCGAGCGCUCGGGAGAGACUGGUCAACAUUGUCAACUACCUGGAAUCCUCAGCCAGUCCCAAGUCUGUCGGCUGGUGCAAGGCUCUCGUCAAACUUCGCAAGUUGCUUGAUAACAAUCUUGAGCCCAGGUAUCACUUGGAUAUCCGUGCUUGGGAGAUUUGCCAAGCAGCCAAUGACGAAGCGAUUGACGAUAUCACCUACAUGGACAUGCUCUAUCACCGCCUCCAGGAUGGGAGCUUCGAGACUGAAUGGUCGGCCAAUCACUACAAUAUUUUCCAGUUCCCACAGCGCGCUUGUCGUCUACUAGGUGUCGUAAGCCCCAGUGACUUCGUCCAGGCAGCUUGGGAUGAUGGCUUGGAUAACCAGAUGUUUGAGAAAGACCCGGAGGCACAUAAACUCAUCGACAAAGGCUUUGGUCACCUCAUGGAGGGUAGAAGUUCGGCUUUCGGCGAGAAUGAAGUGGAUCAUAAGGCAGCAAAAUAUGUAAGCCUUUUUCAGAAACUCGAACCGGUGAAGGCACUUGAGGCGGUUAUGGAAAUCGAGGAGUUUGUUAUCCUCGAGUGCAAGGCAAAAACAGCCAAAGGCAUCCAAGAUAGGCGCACACAAGCCCUAUGGAAUAAGGCUAUUUCAGACUGA